UCAUUACGAUAUCAACAAUGGAUCUUGGUGGUACGUUGGUGGAUACUUGUCCUGGAAACCUUCAGGGGAUAUCAGGUUACUUGUUUAUAAGUUUAAUAAACAGUUUGGUACAAUCGAAAUGUAAGUUAGGAUCUAGAGAAGCUUACAAUGAAGAUUAUUCCUCAAAAAUUCGCGAUGGAGACGAAUUUGAUUUUAUAGUAAUAGGUUCAGGAUCAGCAGGUUCUGUCGUUGCUAAUAAAUUAAGUGAAAAUGACAAAUGGAAAGUUUUGGUCUUGGAAGCUGGAGGAUAUCCUUCAGCUGUUAGUGAUAUACCAGCUCUUCUUUUUUAUCUUCAAGGAACCGACGAAGAUUGGCAAUACAAAACUGAACCUUCUAAAACUUCUUGUUUAGGUUUCAAAAACGAGCAAUGCAGUUGGCCGCGAGGAAAAGUUUUUGGGGGUAGCAGCGUAUUCAACGCCAUGUUGUACAUUAAAGGUAAUAAAAGAGAUUACGACAAUUGGGCAGAGCUCGGUAAUACCGGUUGGGAUUGGGAAAACGUGAGACAACAUUUCAAAGAAUUGGAAAAUAUGCAAGAAGAAAAUGUUAGCGAUCAAUAUGGAAGAGAUGGUUUCAUGAAACUGACUAAAUAUGAUCCAGGGGAACCAAUAACAAACUCCAUCGAAGAAGCCGUUGCACAACUAGGUUACCAAAAUUUAGAAGAAGAAAAUCCUACUAAUCCUUUGGGAACUUUGAAAGUGUUUGUAUGCAUUAAAGAUGGAAUGAGAUACAACGCGGCUAAAGCCUUUUUGGGAAAUGUUAAAGAACGUCCGAAUCUAUUCACUUCUCUACAUUCUUUCGUUAACAAAAUAUUAAUAGAUCCUGCUACUAAAACCGCAAUUGGCGUCGAAGUAAAAAUCGGUGAAAAGAUUUUGAAAGUAAAGGCUAACAAGGAGAUUAUUUUAUCUGCCGGUUCUAUAAAUUCUCCGCAAAUUCUCAUGUUAUCAGGUAUAGGACCCAAGGAGCAUUUAGAAAGUUUAAAUAUAAAGGUAUUCAAAGAUUUGCCUGUUGGUUAUAAUUUACAAGAUCACAUGCUAAAUGUAGGGGUGUUAGUAACUUUUGCUCCAGAAGCUUUCAAUUUGAAAAAUAAUCAAGACGAAUUAUAUAAAUACUUUAUGUAUCAAAAAGGAUCUCUAGCAACCGUGAGCACGUUGAAUUUUUGUAAUUUUUUCAAUACGAAAAACGAUUCGCAAUACCCCAAUAUUCAAAACCAUUUGUUCGCUUUCGAGUCAAACGAUGAAAAAUAUUUAGAAGGUGUAUUGAAUUCUUUUGGAGAAAAGGAGCAUAUUCUAAAUAGUAAACUGCGGGGAGUAAAAGAUCGUCCAAGUUUAUUAAUAUGCAAUACAUUACUAAAUCCAAAGUCUAGUGGUAGGAUUCUACUGAAAACUAUUGAUCCAGAAGAUAAACCUUUAAUUAAUUCAGGCUAUUUUACCGAUGAACAUGGCGAGGAUUUACAAACAUAUCUUGAAGCUAUAAGAUAUGUGGAGAACCUUUUGGAGAUACCCCCAAUGAAAAAAUUCGAUCCACAAAUAGUAAAAGUUGAUCUUCCCGAUUGCGAUCAAUACGAAUACCGUUCAGACGAUUAUUGGAGAUGUUCUUUGAGACAUCUAACUGCAACCACUUAUCAUCCAACAGGAACAUGUAAAAUGGGACCUGCGAGUGAUAAAACUGCUGUGGUAGACCCCGAAUUGAGAGUACACGGUAUAAAAAAUUUACGUGUUGCCGAUGCUAGUAUAAUGCCGAAGAUUGUUAGUGCUAAUACGCAUGCUCCAUCCAUGAUGAUUGGUCAUAAAGCGGGUGUGAUGAUUCAGGAACGAUGGUUGAAUCAAAAAAUAGAAUUAUAAAAAAAAAUUGUUUGUAUUUGUUAUAGUUGUUUAUAUGUGAAUAAAAAAGAUCAUCAAUUA